AUGAAAGUUGAAUCUCUUAAACGAAAGAGGCGCCCAUAUGGUGACAACAAUGUAGCCAAUGAGACGGCUUGGGUCAGGCCAGAGGUGUAUUGUGCCUUCACAUCAAAAUACUUUUUGAAAUAUGGAUUUUCAGAAAUUGCUGGAAACGAGACAUGCGUUGCUGUACGCAGGAAGAAUCAAUUAUUUGGUUUUGAUAUAGGCUUCUCACCUAAACCCCUUGUUUUAGCUGAUUACAUAUUCAUUAGUCAUGGUCAUGCAGAUCAUAUUGGGGCGAUUACCCAGCACAUGAAAAAGAGAGCUUUAAAUCGACUGGGCAAGGCCACAUACUUCAUGCCAAAACAUCUGGUUCCACAUAUAAAUGCCAUUUGUGGUGCCUUUGCAGCAAUGGCUGAAAAACCUGAAUCAGAUUUUGUUGGCAAUUUUAUUCCUGUUGAACCUGGAGGAAAAUAUGAGUUAUCAGAUAAUUGGCGAGUUGUUACGUUUCCAACAGAUCAUGCAAUUACCAGCAUGGGCUAUUUACUGUACAGCCGAGAACCAGAUUGCAAAGAAGUUCCAGAAAUCGCUUAUCUAGGUGAUUCUAGAUUUACUGUACUUCAGUGUGCCAAUACUAUAUGCCCAGAUCUUUUGUCAGCACGUUUACUGAUAAUGGAAUCCACAUUUCUGGAUAAACCCGAACAUAGGAUUGAGAGCGCCAGAUUGCAUGGUCAUACACAUUUAGAUGAAAUUCGUCGAAAUGCCUCUUUACUGAAAUCUAUUGACCACAUAUACCUGAUACACUUUUCUGAUAGAUACAGUUAUAAUGAUGUCAUUCGUCUUUGUCAAAAAGAUAUGCCUGACUGGUUGGCUAUUUAUCGCAGAUGUAGAAGUAUUUGAUGCCCUUCUUCUCUGCAAAUCUUCAACAUACUACAAAUAAAAAUGACACAAGAACAGAAUUAGUAAUUAAGAUUGAUCCAACAAAAGGAUGAUUAAUUUUUUUGGUUAGAAGGUCGCCGAAGUUGGUGUUACAUAUGAACCAGUUCGUACAAUUUUAAAACUCCAAAUCUUGAUGAGUUAAUUUUACACAAUAGCACAAUUUGUACCCAAGGUGAACGAUAUAAUAUAAUGAACACCUCGUAUCGUGGAACUGAAAACAAAAACGAUGAUUAGUCUUCGUCUA